ACACACUUAGUGACUGACUGAAUCAAUACGCAGUCGAGUACGCCCAACCAUUGUUGCGGUAGUGACUUGUUUUGAGGCUUACGUUUAAUCUAGUGUUUAUUCAUUACCGAGUUAUUUCUGAAGUUAUCGGAGGAGAUGGAGAGUGUUGAUACUUGUCAACUGUGCUAUGAAGUUUACGAUGAAGAAACAAGAAGACCUCGUGUGCUACCCUGUGGCCAUAGUUACUGCACUGACUGCAUAACCAAGCUAAUUGUGAAUGGUAAACCUUCAUGCCCAGAGUGCAAUACAAACUUUGUAGCUUCAGAUUCAUCACAAAUUCCAGUAAAUUAUGGGAUGGAAAGGUUUAUUUCUGCUAUGAAAGAAAAGCAAUCAGGCACCAUUUGUAAACUGCAGUCACUGAACAAAAUUAGAACAAUGCAAGACAUGAUUUAUUCUCAUAAAUCAAGUGCCCUUAAUCUACUUCUUUCUUCUGAAGCUUUGGAGAAGCAGUUGUCAGAUUAUAUAGAUUUUCUACAGAAAAGCAUAAAAUCGCACAAAGAAUUGGCUGUAAAGUUGCACAGUAAGAUCAGCUGGCAUGAAUCUAUUGUAAAACAGAUGACAGAAGAGCAAGAGAAGACAAAGGAAGCACAGAAGCAAGUGAUAAUUUACAGCAAAAACAUGAGAGCUAAUUUACCCGAACUAGAUUGUGCAGACAGUAAUAAAGCUGUUUCUAUUGCUGUGGCCAAAGUAGCUGAAACUUUUGGUGAACUUGCCAAUUGUCUAAGCAAUUGUCAGGCAAAGCUUCCUAACCCUACAGUUGCGCUUUCACAGAAGACUCUAAUGAAGUAUGAGGCAUUGUUACAUGAAGAGGACUCUAAUAAUGAAGAGGACUUCUAUGCUUCCGUUUUGUCCAGCAGAUAUUUCACAAUUUUAGAGAAGAUAACUUUGUGCAGCAAUGGGAAAUUAUCAUUCACUGUGGAUCAACUCAAGUCUGACCCGGAUACCUGGAGGGAAAAAAUAAAAUCCGGCAGAGUUUUUGCGGUAUCUUCUGUUGAUGGGCGUAACAGAUCUGCAUCUCUCUCGAUGAAGGAUGGACAAGUGUACCUUCAUUGUUUGAAAGAUGAAGAAGCUCCACUGGUUAGCUGCCAAAUUGAGCACAGUGAAAUUGUCAAUUGCAGUGGAGAAGCUUCAACUGUUGCUUUCUUCGAUCUGGAAUGGGACGGUUCCACUAAAGGACGAAUUCAUAUCCUGAUGCCUUCCAAUACUCCUCUGGCACAUCACUUCAGAGAUGUCUGCUCGGGGGAAUUAGGACUCACGUACAUAAACAAGAAACUCGUUCGUGUAGAUGAUACUACAAUAUCAUGUGAAUCUUACGAUGACAGUAGUACCAAAGGAAGCUUAAGCCAUUUAAGGCUCAUAAAUCUUAAAGAUGACUUGUAUAAGCGUGUACCUGAAACUGGAACCAUUUGGAUGGACCCGAAUGGCUCAUUCCAGAUUGUAACUUGUUCAGUAGUAGGCUGUAAUCUGUAUUCUCGAGUUUUUGGUAAAGUUAAAGAUGACAUUAUAAUGCUGAGUAAAGUUGCAGAACGGUUACGAAAUGGAUUCAAUGACAUUAAAAUUGUUGGAAGUGGUGUUGUUUUGCAAGUCUGAUAUAAAGGUAAAUAAAGACAGAAAAGCGGGGACAUCUUGACUCAAUGGGAUAUAACUUUUCAGCUUUUUAAUCACAUUAAAUCUUGGACCUCUAACCUUGUGGAGUGCAGUUCAUCAAUAUAAUGGCAUCUCUGUAAGGGCUUGGAAAUUGUUUAAAAUUUUGCUAGAGAGGAAGAUUACAUAGAUUUUGAAAGUUGAUGAAGCUGCAUGUAAAUGAUCUUUCCGUUACAAAUUGCAUUAACUUGUCACAGCUCCUCAGGAAAGAGGGACAGAACUAAAAUGAGGGUAUUCUACUUCAGCCAAACCCGCAGAGUUUGUAGCUUGCACCACUCCUAAGUGACCCCCAAAGAUUUACGUAAAAUCUUUUUACCAGCAUUUUAUCAAUAGUAAUUUAUACAUACCAGAGCUCAGAUUAAAUGUUUUCCCUGAAUACUUCCUUAUAAAAGCAGACUCGAUUGUAUUCCUGUUAUUAUAAUUAUUACAAAAUAAACAUUCCUGCUGCCUUUGUAAAAUCGAUAGCAUGAUGAAAAUUACUAAGGUGAAUAAAAAUGGAAUUACACUUUUCAUAAGCAAAAUUAAACCGUAAUUCUGUCAUAACGCAACCAAGGUGACUUCUCAAUUGGAACUAUAAUUCCAGUUCUUAAUUAUCACAUAAUUAUGGACAGAAUUAAGGUCUGUCAAAGCAUGCAGCCAUUCGCUCGGGCACAUCCCUUAACCUGAGAAGUACUACCUGGGGAUCUUUAAUAUCACUUAACGACAACGCUCUUACAUAAUAUGACUUAGGACUCUGCACUUAAUCACCUGUCAGAGUACUCUGUGGUGGUUUACUUAACCUAUCGCUUCCAGUUUUCAAUUAUGUUCGGGAACUUUAUAAAAACAAUGUAUUUUGUAGAAUUUUACUCUUGAAUAAAAGAUGAGCAAUGUCACUCAGAUGAGCAGUCCCUCCCAGAACUUUGCGGAGCUAUGCG